GACUGCGUCAGAGAGCAGGCGACGAACAUGGCGGCGUCCGCAGCCGGCCUGGGCGGCGGCGCGGGCCCCGGGCCCGAGGCUGGGGACUUCCUGGCCCGCUACCGCCAGGUGUCCAACAAGCUGAAGAAGCGGUUCCUGCGGAAGCCGAACGUGGCGGAGGCGGGCGAGCAGUUUGGCCAGUUGGGCCGCGAGCUGCGUGCCCAGGAGUGCCUGCCCUACGCGGCCUGGUGCCAGCUGGCCGUGGCGCGCUGCCAGCAGGCGCUCUUCCACGGGCCCGGGGAGGCGCUGGCGCUGACCGAGGCCGCCCGACUCUUUCUGCGGCAGGAGCGCGACGCGCGCCAGCGGCUCGUCUGCCCGGCCGCCUACGGGGAGCCGCUGCAGGCCGCAGCCAGCGCUCUGGGCGCCGCCGUGCGCCUGCACCUCGAGCUGGGCCAGCCGGCCGCCGCCGCCGCCCUCUGCCUCGAGCUGGCCGCCGCCCUGCGCGACCUGGGCCAGCCGGCCGCCGCCGCCGGCCACUUCCAGCGCGCCGCCCAGCUGCAGCUCCCGCAGCUGCCCCUGGCCGCGCUGCAGGCGCUCGGCGACGCCGCCUCCUGCCAGCUGCUGGCGCGCGACUACAACGGCGCCCUGGCUCUCUUCACGCGCAUGCAGCGCCUGGCGCGGGAGCACGGCAGCCACCCGGUGCAGCCGCCGGCGCCGCCGCCGCCCCCGCCCCCGCCGCCGCCGCCGCCGCCGCCCCCGGGGCAGCAAGCGGGCCCCGGCGCCGUCCCGGCGGUGCCCGCCGCGCUGCUCCCUCCCAGCGCCGCCUCCGCGCCCGGCGCUUCCUCUCCCGCCACGCUCGGAGCCUUCGCGGACGUGUUGGUCCGCUGCGAGGUGUCCCGCGUGCUGCUGCUGCUGCUCCUGCAACCGCCGCCCGCCAAGCUGCUGCCGGAGCAUGCCCACACCCUGGAGAAGUACUCCUGGGAGGCUUUCGACAGCCAUGGGCAGGAGAGCGGGGGCCAGCUUCCCGAGGAGCUGUUCCUGCUGCUCCAGUCCUUGGUCAUGGCUACCCACGAAAAGGACACGGAAGCCGUCAAGUCGCUGCAGGUGGAGAUGUGGCCGCUCUUGACUGCUGAGCAGAAUCACCUCCUUCACCUCGUCCUGCAAGAAGCCGUCUCGCCCUCGGGACAGGGCAUCUGAUGAAUCACUUCGACCAAGUGACUUUGGGCUCGUGGCAGAACUUCGUGCAUCUGCCCUGGCCUUUGGGCCGAGGGGCGGGGCGGGGGGUGCGGGCGGGCGGCGGGGAAGGGAAGGGGGUCCGAAUAAAAGACAGGAAUCCUCGCAGUUGUGCCUUGCUCUUAUUCCGCUUGCCUCCUGAGGCGUUAAGUUGACUACAAGUUACCUGUGGUCCCAGAACUUACUGCCGAGACGGUGGGAGGGAAACCACAUGAUAGGAUCCAUGGAGGACAUGGCUCUCUUCCCCCAGACUGCCCACAGACAAAUAAGAACCCCCUGGGGCGCCUGGGUGGCUCAGUUGCUUAGGCGACUGCCUUCGG